AAGUAGCAUGUCAAUCGGACUUUAAUAUUUAUGUUACUUUUAUAUAAAUUUUGCUUUAUAUUUCAAGUGUUUUAUAGAAUUUCUUGUAAGUAUAAUCUACUAAUGCUCUGAUUCAAUUGAUUUAUGAACUCCUUAAAGUUUCUUACAGUCAGUAGAUUAGUAUUUGGACUCCGUUCUGUGCCUGUUUGUGCAGGAAACGUAAACAUCUCUCAUUUCGUUAAUGUUCCUAAUAAAUUAGUAAAUUUUGGGACUCAAAACAUGUCGCAGACAAGUAUUAGAUCGUUCUUUACAGCAACACCCAAAAAAAAUAUUGAAAUCAAAAAGGAGGACUCCAAGGAUAAUUCAAUAACAGAUGAGAAUGAAUCUCCAGUUACAAAUGGAACUGAAAAGAAAGCAAAGAGAAUAAGAUCAGAGAGCAGUGGCAGUGAUUCAGUGGAUGAUGUGAAAUCUAACAAAGUUGAUAGUGCUGAAAAGAAAAAGUCAAAGCGCAGGCGUAUUGUAAGUUCAGGAAGUGAAUCAGAGACAAAGUCAGAUACAGAAGAAAUAAAAUUGGAAAAAAGUGAAAACCCUGUUAAAACUUAUGAUUCACCGAAAAGCAAGAAAACUAAGGCAAAAGUUCUAAAAGUUGAAUCACCAGUAAAAGUUAGUCCUAAAAAGGAAUCAGUAUUUUCAACACUUAAGAGUCCUAAAGUCAAACAAGAGAAAGAAAGUCCAAAAGCGAAGAAGGAAGUCAAAUCUCCACCUUCAAGUAAAAAGAAAAAUAAUGUGAGCCCAUCCAGUAAAAAGAAAGAAGUUCCUGAAGAAAAUAAAGAGAAUGGGAUCAAAGAGGAGAAACUUGAUAUUAAAGCUACAUUGACUCCUGAGGCUGAUUACAACCCAGCGAAAUCAAAAUACAAUCCAAUAAACGAUGCAUGCUGGUCAAAAGGAAAAGAAAUCCCAUAUCUUGCUCUGGCAAAAACACUUGAAGCUAUCGAAGCUACAUCGGCCAGGCUGAAAAUGAUUGAGAUUUUGAGUAACUACUUCAGAUCUGUGAUUGUAUUGACACCAGAAGACCUGUUGCCGAGUAUAUACUUGUGUUUAAACCAGCUAGCACCAGCUUACCAUAGUCUUGAGUUAGGCAUGGCGGAAACCUACAUAAUGAAAGCGGUAGGGCAGUGCACGGGGCGGUCCCUCGCUCAGAUGCGCACCGCAGCCCGAGCUAGCGGAGACCUCGGGCUGGUAGCGGAGCAGGCGCGCGCCACACAGCGCACCAUGUUCACGCCCGCGCCGCUCACCCUGCGCCGCGUGUUCACUGCGCUCAAGGAGGUCGCUGCUGAGAGUGGUCACGCUUCGGUAAAUAAGAAAAUAGGCAAGAUACAAUCCCUAUAUGUCGCAUGUCGAUUCUCUGAAGCAAGAUAUCUUAUAAGGUCGCUAGAAGGCAAGCUACGUAUAGGUCUGGCGGAACAAUCAGUACUACAAGCGCUCGCAGUGGCCUGCGCCGCGACUCCGCCCGCCGGACCUCGGGCCGGAGAGAUAGACGUGGCUGGUAAAAUGAGCGCGGAACAGUUUAAGGCGCGGGUAGACGAGUACGCACUAACAAUAAAAACAACGUACUGCGAGUGUCCGAACUACGACACGCUCGUAGCGGCGUUACUGCAGCACGGUGUGGAGGAACUGCCCAAGCAUUGCCGUCUCACGCCCGGAGUGCCGCUCAAGCCCAUGUUGGCGCACCCCACGCGAGCUGUGGCCGAUUUGUUUACUCGGUUCGAGAACGAGUUAUUCACGUGCGAAUGGAAGUACGACGGUGAGCGCGCACAGAUACACGUGCCCGGCGAAGAGACGCCGCAAUUAGAUAAAGCGGCCAUCUUCAGCAGGAACCAGGAGAACAACACUACUAAAUACCCGGAUGUAAUUGGCCGUUUGCCCUCGCUACUGAAAGACACAGUAAAAAGUUGCGUGUUGGACUGCGAGGCGGUGGCGUACGAUGUUGAGAAAAAACAAAUUCUGCCCUUCCAGAUUUUAUCAACCCGCAAACGCAAAGAUGCGCAAGAGUCAGAGAUCAAGGUACAAGUGUGUAUAUUCGUGUUCGAUCUGUUGUACUACAACGGACAGGCGCUCGUCAAACUGCCGCUACAGGAGAGGAGGCAGUUGCUGAGGGAUAACUUUAAUGAGGUUGAGGGCACAUGGCAGCUAGCGCGCGGCAGAGACUGCUCCAACACGGAGGAAGUGGAGCUUGAGCUAGCGGAAGCAUUGCGCGGCUCGUGCGAGGGGCUCAUGGUGAAAGCUCUCACCGGGGAUAAAGCCCGGUAUGACAUAGCAAGGCGCUCUCAUAAUUGGCUCAAGUUGAAAAAGGACUACCUAGAGGGUUGCGGGGACAGUAUCGACGCGGUGGUGAUCGGCGCGUACGAGGGCCGCGGAAAACGUGCGGGACGCUUCGGGGGCUUCCUGCUCGCUGCAAGAGAACCCAGUGCGGACUGCUACCAGACAUUGUGCAAGAUCGGCACUGGGUUUAGCGACGAGCAGCUGACUGCUUUCACCGAAGCGUUAAAGCCACACGUUAUCUCCGCUCCGCCUAGUUACUACAGCUACUCGAGCAGCGUACAGCCGGACGUGUGGCUGGAGCCGGCAGCGGUGUGGGAGGUGCGGUGCGCGGACCUGUCGCUGUCGCCCGCGCACCGCGCCGCGCUCGGCCGCCUCGAGCGGGACCGCGGCGUGUCGCUGCGCUUCCCCAGAUUCAUCCGCGUGCGAGAAGACAAGACUCCGGAGCAGGCGACGACGGCGCAACAAAUCGUAGAGAUGUAUCUCUCACAAGAUCAAGUUAAGAAUACCACGAGAGCCGCGCCCUGUGAAGACGAUUUCUACUAAAUUCAAUAUAUAAAAAAUAAAUCAACAUAAUAUGUAUAUGUCAUUUUCGACUGUAUUGUAUGUGUCAUAGAGUCCUUUAUAGUUGAAAAAAGAUAAUUAUUUAAUAAUGAUUAGGAAUAAAAAAACACUUCUAUUAAAUUCUUACUAAAUUACAUCACACGCUAUUUUAGGCAGUCAUGUAAAAAUACUAAAUGAAUUCGAAUAAGGCAAUGCACUGUAAGUUUCAAAUGUAAUGUAAUGUAUAUUAAAUAAUGAUAGAAUAAUAUAUAAGAUUAUAUUUAA